GAAAAAAACACCAAGUGACACGGUCUCAGCUGAACAAGACUCUGCCAGCGGACAUUGCCAUUCAUACCAUCAGUGAUAGCAACCAAUCUCACAAGAAUCGCCUACAAGUCAACAUGUUUACAGGCGCGAGAUGCUCAUGUCGAACGUUGUCGACAAGUUUACGAUGGACGCAAAGCAGACCAAUCAUCACAAGACCUGGCGCAAAGAUAGAUACAACGGUGAAGUAUGAUCGAAGACACCCCGACAUGCAGCCAUACAAGGAGUCAGAGACCGGGCCUUGGAUCCGACCACGGAAUCCCGAGAACUUGUCGCCGAAAGAUUAUGUGGGACAAGACAUCUUAUAUGGUCGCAACCCAAUUGAGGCGGCCCUACAUGCCGACCGCCGAAAGUUCCAUGCACUCUACGUUCAGGAGUCCAAGAAGCAGGAUAAGAAUCGCCCCGACACCAUCGUGCAAUUGGCGAAAGAUCAAGGCAUCCCUGUCGUCACGAUCGAGAACGCUGCGCAACUGGGUAAUCUUACCGGAGGAAGACCACACAAUGGGUACGUCAUGAUCUGCGAAGAAUUGACGCCUGUGGAAAUAUACGGUCUGGAGAGAGUCGAAAGCCCCACGGUGCCGUACAAGGUCUACACUGCCCCUACGAGGCAUCAAAGUAAAGAGCUGGAAGCGCCGAAGGGGCCAAAACGGUAUCCUUUCUGGCUGUUCUUGGAUGAAAUCACGGACCCGAUGAACCUUGGCGCAAUAUUGCGUACAAGUACUUUCUUUGGAGUGGACGGGGUAAUUGUGAGCGAGAAGACAUCUGCGCCGCUCAGUCCGGUAGUGAGUAAAGCGAGUUCGGGUGCGAUGGAGGUGAGGGACAUCUACACUGUUUCAAGGGCUCACACAUUCCUCGAGCAGGUGAAGAGUAAUGGAUGGAAAUGUAUAGCUACGGCAUCUCCGGAUGAAGUGAAGGAUGGAGCGCAAUAUGUUCCGCUGCCGAAGCUGUCGUCAUUGUUGCAGGAGAGUCCUGUAAUAUUGAUGCUUGGUAGCGAGGGAGAGGGUCUCAGAGCUUCGUUGAGAAGAUUGUGUGACUACGAGACGACUAUCAAGAGCGCACCCGGCAUCUACCACGGCUUGGACAGUUUGAAUGUCAGCGUCGCGGCGAGUGUUUUCAUUACGGGGAUGCUAGGUGUUACCUCAGCACCUCUAGAGGCCAAAGAAGAGCAAUGAGGGAAGGCAGCGAACGAAACGAGCGAGGGAAGCACCAAGGUUUGGCAUAGAAUAUGGGGAGUUACUUUACAAGCUACCUAGGCAUACGCUCAUGUAUUUCCCCGAUACAGCGGACUUUUACGCGGCUGGUUGUCGAUUACGCACUCCGAUAAGCC